AUGGUUUCCAUGGUUUCCAGGUGUUGGAUGCCAUUCCAUUUGCUCCGUUCAGGCUGUUAUUAUGAGCUGUUCUCUCCUCAGCAGCCUACACUGCUUACAGGCUGUUAUUAUGAGCUGUUCUCUCCUCAGCAGCUUACAGGCUGUUAUUAUGAGCUGUUCUCUCCUCAGCAGCCUACAGGCUGUUAUUAUGAGCUGUUCUCUCCUCAGCAGCUUACAGGCUGUUAUUAUGAGCUGUUCUCCCCUCAGCAGCUUACAGGCUGUUAUUAUGAGCUGUUCUCUCCUCAGCAGCCUACAGGCUGUUAUUAUGAGCUGUUCUCUCCUCAGCAGCUUACAGGCUGUUAUUAUGAGCUGUUCUCUCCUCAGCAGCCUACACUGCUUUCAGGCUGUUAUUAUGAGCUGUUCUCUCCUCAGCAGCCUACACAGCUUACAGGCUGUUAUUAUGAGCUGUUCUCUCCUCAGCAGCCUACAGGCUGUUAUUAUGAGCUGUUCUCUCCUCAGCAGCCUACACUGCUUACAGGCUGUUAUUAUGAGCUGUUCUCUCCUCAGCAGCCUACACUGCUUACAGGCUGUUAUUAUGAGCUGUUCUCUCCUCAGCAGCCUACACUGCUUACAGGCUGUUAUUAUGAGCUGUUCUCUCCUCAGCAGCUUACAGGCUGUUAUUAUGAGCUGUUCUCUCCUCAGCAGCCUACACUGCUUACAGGCUGUUAUUAUGAGCUGUUCUCUCCUCAGCAGCCUACACUGCUUACAGGCUGUUAUUAUGAGCUGUUCUCUCCUCAGCAGCCUACACUGCUUACAGGCUGUUAUUAUGAGCUGUUCUCUCCUCAGCAGCCUACACUGCUUUCAGGCUGUUAUUAUGAGCUGUUCUCUCCUCAGCAGCCUACAGGCUGUUAUUAUGAGCUGUUCUCCCCUCAGCAGCUUACAUGCUGUUAUGAUGAGCUGUUCUCUCCUCAGCAGCCUACACUGCUUACAGGCUGUUAUUAUGAGCUGUUCUCUCCUCAGCAGCCUACAGGCUGUUAUUAUGAGCUGUUCUCCCCUCAGCAGCUUACAUGCUGUUAUGAUGAGCUGUUCUCUCCUCAGCAGCCUACACUGCUUACAGGCUGUUAUUAUGAGCUGUUCUCUCCUCAGCAGCCUACAGGCUGUUAUUAUGAGCUGUUCUCUCCUCAGCAGCCUACAGGCUGUUAUUAUGAGCUGUUCUCUCCUCAGCAGCUUACAGGCUGUUAUUAUGAGCUGUUCUCUCCUCAGCAGCUUACAGGCUGUUAUUAUGAGCUGUUCUCUCCUCAGCAGCUUACAGGCUGUUAUUAUGAGCUGUUCUCUCCUCAGCAGCCUACACUGCUUCCAGGCUGUGGUGGCGGGGUGGACAGGCUGUGGUGGCAGAGGUCCUUGAUGAUCUUGGCCUUCCUGUGA